AUAUAUGCCUUGAACUAUCACUGGGAACUUGCACAUGUUUUGAGAUAAGUAUCCCUCAAUGUGCUUUGGACUGUCAUAUAGCAAUAAAGAGUCGUUGGUUUGAAUAAGGUUUAAAAAGUUCGGAACUCUAUUGGCCACGGUGUAAGAAAAAAAAAUCACAGCUGUGUUGUGCAUUUCAGCUAGUAUAAAUUACAUGUAGCGUUAGGUCACAAGCUACUGAGAGGAGGCGAUGCGUGUCGACAGAGAUUGGGAUACAUGCCUAAAUUAACAGUGCGAAUCACGCACUAGUAACAUCUAGUAAACAGAUUAAUGUGGGUCAGUUUUGGGAAUUAAAGAUGCCAGCUGUACGCGCAAAAGUUUGGGGAAUUGUAAAGGACAUUUUGUCGUUUAGGUCCAUCUUGAUUCCCAUUUUGGCCACGUUGCUGCCACUGUCCAUGGUCCUGAACUCCGAGUCCAAGGCGACAAGAUGUGGCUAUACUAUGGUAGUAAUGGCGGUCCUCUGGCUUACGGAAGCCCUGCCUAUUCCGGUCACUGCUCUUAUGCCCAUAUUCAUGCUGCCCAUGCUAGGAGUGUCCACUGCUAAAGAAGUUAGCAGCAGCUAUGUAACGGACACCUCUAUGCUGUUCCUUGGUGGUCUCAUUGUGGCAGUUGCAGUCGAGGAAUGGAAACUGCACGUGAGAAUAGCCCUGACCGUACUCCGAUUUGUUGGCUCUCAGCCAAACCUUUUGAUGUUAGGUCUCAUGUUGCCCACGUGGUUUUUGUCAAUGUGGAUCAGCAACACAGCAGCAGCAGCCAUGAUGAUUCCUAUUGUGAGUGCAGUGACGUCACAGGUUAAGUCGGCCUCCAGAGCAAACCUUGCAGCAGAAAGCCUCGAAAUCCUGGAUGACAUGCUUCUCCUAGAAUCGAAAAGCGACGGAACUUCUGACAUUCAGAAGAGCGAAAGUGCAGUUUCGACUUCCAUAUCAAUGAAAGACGAAAAGGACCAAGAAUUCAAAGUCAAUGACAAAUCUACACCAGUCGACGAGAACAAAACAGAAAACAAGCGAACGAAGAAUACCACAGAAGUUGAUGAACACAACACCAGACUCGGUAAGGCGCUGGCACUGUCUAUUGCCUACGCUGCCAACACCGGCGGCAUCGCCACGCUCACCGGAAGUCCACCUAACCUGGUGUUCAAGGCCGUGGUAGACGAGGCGUUUGCGACGGCGGGUAAAAAGUAUGAUGGUGUGGAAUGGAGUUCAGGGAUAAACUUUACCUCGUGGCUGCUGUUUGCUCUACCUAUCUCCUUCCUUACCCUCCUACUCGGAUGGCUCUGGUUAGAUUUGUUCGUUCUCAGAUGCAGUAAAUCCUGUGAUUGCUUCAAGAAAGAAAAGUCCGCGUUUGAUUUACAGGUGCGAGAAAUUAUAACGAAGGAAUUCAAGGAGUUAGGCAGAAUAACCUUUGCAGAAUGCUUGGUAGGUGUGAUGUUCGGUUGUUUGGCAGUUUUGUGGAUUUUCCGUGAACCACCAAAUAUCUCAGGUUGGGGAGAGCAUUUCAAAGACAGAUUUGUUUCUGAUUCUACGCCAGCCAUGCUGAUUGCUGUAUCUUUGUUCAUUCUUCCAGCCAAAGCUCCCUCUGUAUUCUGUGCCAGAAAACCUGGUGAAAACCGCUAUACCCCUAUUCUGAACUGGGAGAAAACCGUCCAGAAAGUGCCAUGGGGAGUUAUCGUCCUUCUUGGGGGAGGAUUUGCUCUCGCCAAAGCCAGCACACAAUCAGGUCUAUCGAAAUGGUUUGGGGAGAGUCUAGAUUUCCUCUCCGUUUACAGUCCUUUCUUGUUGUGUCUAGUCGUCAGUCUAAUCGUGGCUGCAGUAACAGAAGUGACCAGUAAUACAGCCACGGCAACACUGUUAAUGCCCAUAUUACAAGAGCUGUCCAUCACGGCUGGGCUGAAUCCUCUAUACCUGAUGAUGGCUGCCGCAGUGGCAUGUUCCUUCGCCUUCAUGUUACCAGUGGCUACACCUCCAAGUGCCAUCGUGUUUUCACACGGAUUCCUUACUAUUCCUGAUAUGGCCUCUGCUGGAUUGAUGAUGAACGUCAUUUCAGUGUUUGUUCUUACAUUUGGAAUUAACACGUGGGGAAAGCUUUUGUUUGACUUCGACAAUGUACCAGUGAUAUUCCAGGAAAUAGAAAGAAACACUACAUCGAGUCCAAUGGCACAAAUGUUUGGAGAGGUUGUUGUCAUGAUUCUGUUUGGUAUUCUGGCCUCUCUCUGGAUCUUCCGUGACAUUCCAGGUUUCGGUGGAUGGAAAUGUUAUUUUCUUCAUUACAGAUCAUUUGUUCGUGACUCAACUGCGGCCAUGUUGAUAGCUGUCAUGUUGUUCAUACUACCUGCACAUCUACCGGAAGUUACUUGUUCUAAAAAGUACGAAGGUAAAGACUAACAAUACAUCUACCGUCAGCCGAGAUACCGACCGAUUCUUACUUGGAAAGAGACAGUUGUUAAGAUUCCCUGGGGAGUUAUCAUUCUUUUAGGCGGUGGAUUUGCUUUGGCCUCUGCUACUUCCGCAUCCGGUUUGUCAAAGAAGGUUGGUUGCAGCCUGCGAGUUCUUAACAGCUUUGAACCCUGGGUAAUGAACUUGAUUUUGUCCCUGGCUAUUGCUGGAGCUACAGAAAUCACCAGUAACAGCGCCACAGCCACGAUCCUUAUGCCGAUCAUGGCGGAAUUGGCUGUUAACACAGGGUCUCAUCCUUUGUAUCUGAUGAUAACUGCAGCAGUCGCAUGCUCAUUCGCCUUCAUGCUUCCCGUUGCCACGCCUCCGAACGCCAUUGUAUAUUCUACAGGAUAUAUCAAGAUUCCAGAUAUGGCGUUGGCUGGUCUAAUGAUGAACGCAAUAGCUGUCUUAGUCCUAAAUCUUGGAAUCAACACGUGGGGAAAAGCUCUCUUUGACUUUGACACAAUUCCAGACAUUUUUGGAGGAAACUCCACAAAAAGUUCUUGUGACCCAGUUGUGAGCACCGUGGCUCCCUUAUUGAGCAACUUCACCACGAAUUCCUUCAUUAACAGCACCUUUACCAUGACUACAGAAAGUUUGAAUUCCUCACUGACUGGAUAAGUUGAUCAUUAUCAUUAAUUAAAAUAUAUAGAGACGUAAAGGCAAGUGAUGAUGAUAUGCUCAAUUUUUUUGUGUGUUCUGAAUAAGAGAUAUAACGAGUAUGAUUUCGUGAAUACUGCAUUUACUGCAACGAUAAAUAUACUGCUGCCUGACAUUCAAUAUAGAUUUGUUCUUGCAUUAGAAUUGAAAAUUUAAGAAAUUUUGGGUAGCUUAAUUUUCAUGGUUUUUUUUUACCAUACCCAUUGUCUUUCCUUACUUAAAAUGAGUAUUUUCCAAGAGGAAAGCAAUAAAAACAAUCAAAGCAUUUUUUAAUUAAAAAAUCAGUCUUUAAGAUGAAUAACAACACUAAAAUCUGCCAGUAAGAUAAAAUGUAUGUAAUGAAGUUAAAAAUUUUCAUAAAUGUGCCUUAAUACACUUUCUGGAAAUAUGUGUUCGAGGUAUUACCGGGUAGUAUACUAGUAUUUGUGUGUGAGGGUGUGUGUGUGUGUGAGAGAGAGAGAGAGAGAGAGAGGGUGUGUGUGUGUGUGUGUUUUGUGGCUGUAUUGCUUUUGUAUCUUUUUGUUGUUUUAAAUGCACUUUGAAAAGAACUUUUUAAAAUGAAUAUUUUUGUUAUCAAUCCAAGUGUGUUAUGUGUCU